CACCACAGGGAUUGUUACAGCUGCCAUGACAGGAGACUGCCGCGAGAGCUCCAAUACACCCCAUCUCAACAACACGUCUCGUAUUUAUAUACAUAUACAUAUAUCUCCACCUGUUAACUACACACACGUCCUUCUCCAUGUCAUACGAUCCACCUCCUUCGCCACGAAAGAUCAAGGCGAUCGAUCCAUCCUAAUGGCCGACGAAGAUCGACAGAUUAUCAUCUCCUACGGUGGACCCAGCCACCAUAUCAGCCGGACGACUUUAGUCGGUGCCACGGUGGCCGGCGUUUCCGUAGCCGGCCCGCUUGUGGUGAUCGUGGGGUUCAGUUUAUUGGCGACGGGAAUCUUGUUCUUGAUAACUUUACCUUUGCUGGUGAUAUUCGGUCCGUUGUUGUUCGGAGCUGCCUUGGUUAUCGCCGGAGCCUUGGCUGGGUUUGGGGCUGCUGCGACCAUGGCGGUUGUAGGGCUGUCCCUGCUUUCAUGGAGCUUCAGAGAAGUUGGACGACGUCGUUUUGGUUAUGGUGGGUGUCCGGCAGCGGCAGUGGUUGGUGUUGAGGAGAGCGGGGACUUGCGGCAGCAGAAGGUGGCGAUGGACUCGGCUGGUAACGAGGAUGAGAUAAAUAGAGGGUGAUUAUUAGGAUUAUUACAUAUAUAAUAUAUAUAUAUAUAUAUAUAUAUAUAUA